GGAGACAACAAACCGGCAGGAGCUAAUGCCUUGUCCAUGCCUUGUCCAGAAAGCCAGACUUGAGAUUCAUCGGUGGUAUAGUAAACAUUAGUAAACUACAACUAACUACAAAAGCUCAGCAGAUCACAUGAUCAGGUUCAUUGCUUGAGAAAGAACACAACAAGAAACAACACAAAUACACCAAAUCUCCGGACAUCGUGACACUGAAAACCAACGGAAGCACGCCGAGACCAACAUGGCAUCGACUUCCAGGAAGCGACGAGAUGAGGCCCAUGGAUCUACGCGAGAUCAUGAUCAAGAUGUCAGCCAGAUCAAGGCUCAAGCACAGGCUGCAGCCACUGCCGCUUGGUCUCCAGAGGACCGAGCCUGGGAAUUGCUACUUGCUAUCUCUGGCGCACACGCCGAAGCAGGGCUGGCGGGCCGUUCCGAUCUGAGGCGCUUGGCCGCCGAGGCCAAACGGUUGCUGGCGGAGUUUCCCGUUGAGGCCGAAGCCGAGCCGCCCAGCAGACAGGCGAUGCCAAUCUGGUUAGCCUUGAAGGCGGUGAUCACAGGGCUUUGGGGUUUUCUAUGCUUCGUCGUGACCCUGUGCCACGACAUCGGCACCGUACUGGCGGCUGCUGCAUUGGGCCAGGAGCCUGCAGAAGAGAAUUCGAGAGAGUCAAGUGUUGACAGAUCUCAGGCCAAGCACAAGGCGCAACCUCAUAGAGGAAGGGUGAUCUCCCAGGCCAAUGGGGUGCAUGAGGAGGAGGAAUCCGUUCAGAGAUGUCACCUCUCGUAGCAGACCGUCGGACCGACGCGGAGCGUCCGAGUCCGAGCUCGGUGCUUCAGUGCCGAAUAGACUCCCUUCGAUGCGAAAUGAAGUGAUCCGAGUGACCAAAUGGAUCAAACAGAGUGGGCGGAGGGUAAGGGAUUGGGGGCAGCUGCCAGAGAGGAAACUACAUGUGGAAUGGAUGUGUCGCCAGAUCAAAACGAUUCAUCAUUCAUCAUUCCUUUCCUCGGCCAUUCCGAACCUCAUUCCUCAGCCAUUCCUAUUAGCUCUGUUGAUGUGAAAGCGGGAGCUCGCAGCUAAAGCAGGUCCACCAGUCCACCAGGUGACCAGCGCCCCUGAUUCAAGGCGCUCUCAGACUCCGCUGCAACGCACCAUUCCAUCUCAUUGAUUGUCAAUGUCCCCUUCCAACGACGGUGAAAACAGGAGAUGGUUUGUUGCAAGAACCUGUGUUGAUCUCAAGAGGGCACAGGUGUACUUCUACUUUGCACCAUGGGGCUGAGCAGCCACAAGCUAUUGGGCAAACAAAUGUUUGGGGAGGUGCUGCUUGGCAUAGCUUGGAGGAAGGGGAUGACAAGGUGUGAUGGCCAAUGACUUUGGCUCAGUUCCGUGGAAUGUAGAACAUAGG